GACAAUGAAUCUGCAUUGUCUCCUUAUUGAAUCCAUUAAUCAUGGGGCCGCUCUAUUAUUGUUGUCAAAUGGUUUACAAUGGCAAAGUCCGACUCACUCUUUGACUCUUAGUCAAAAAGAAACAUGGUCACUUGCGAUUCAUCUUGGAUCCUCUCAAUAAUGUUGAUAUAAAAACCUCGUCUUCCACUUCGGCCAGCACGUCUUGUAUGAUGUUGAACCCCAUACAACAACACCAAUAACCAAAAACCUCCCAACAACUAAUAACGAAUAUUAUCGUGGCAAUCAUGAAGACAAGCUUCGCCUCCACCACUUUGGCAAUUCUGCCUAUCCUCGCCACCGUCUCGGCAUUUGAAGUAGCCGACAUCUAUAAGACCACCCUUGGCAGGUCGAAAUGUACUGAUAUCCACUUGACGGAAGGGCAUGUUCUCCAUGCUAAUUGCGACAAGCCCGGAUAUGGAUCUCGCGCCGAUUACCAACUUGACCUCAAUUCAUGCCUUGCCAACUACUUGGGUUCGCUGAACCACAGAGCAAAUGGCGGGUUUGGCGGUUCGUGCGACCCUUGCCACAUGGACGGCACGAAACUGAUUUGCGAGUGCUCAAUCGGCGCGGGUCUCGGUACUAUGCAUAAUGAAGUUGAGCUUAACGAUUGGGAUUUUAUUCAAGUCCAUGAUGAGAUUUUGACUUGUGCUACCCCGGUAGGUCUUGAGAUGAGAGGCACCGGUAAGAACGCACGAUUCUUCACAGCUUAAGCUAUGGACUUUCUUUAUAUCUUCGGCUACACUUUAGGUAGUGUAUGAUUUGUUAGGAGGUCCAUUU